UGUGGACACAGCGUCACGCUGGUCGAAGCUCUGUUCCGUUUACAAAAAACCCAUUUCCCAAACGCGCUUUACAAUAUAAAAAUAUCAAAGGGAUUACGUUUACGUGUAUAGAAGGAAUCGCCUAUAUUAAAAUCUAAGAUUUAGCUCCCAAUACAUUCCAACGAUGGUGCACUGAGUGAAGAACGAACGGAUCAACCGAUUUUGGUUCACCAAUGAAAGCUCAAGAAAAACCAAUCUUUAUUGAGCUAUGACAACAGAGACACACAGACAAACUGGCAGACGAAUAUGAUAAUGUUGAGCAAAAUGCUCUGUCGGUGAUGGAUGGCGGGGAGGCGUGGUCGCGCGAGUGCGCGGGUCGCGGGGCGGCCCUCGAGCGUACCUACGUUCACGAGGUGUAUGAGCAGGCCGGUGACGACGCGACCACGCCGGCACCCGCCGUGCGAUCCUUCAUCAGCGACCUAGAACCCGGCAGUCUGGUUUGUGAUAUAGGUUGCGGCAACGGCAAGUAUCUAAACGUGAACCCAUCCGUGUUCGCGGUAGGGGGAGACCGUUGCACGAGGUUGGCUGCGCAAGCGCAUCAUAACAACAAUGAGGUGGUGGUGUGCGACAAUCUAUGUCUACCGUUCCGUGAUGAGUCGUUCGACGCGGUUCUGUCUAUCGCUGUGGUACAUCACUUCGCGACAGUUGAGCGUCGUGCGAGCGCGUUGCGAGAGCUUGCGAGAAUCACAAGGAUCGGUGGCAGAUUACUGCUCACUGUGUGGGCUAUGGAACACGAAGGGAGGAACUUCCACUCUCAGGAUGUCUUAAUACCGUGGCAUCGUCCAGCGACACUGUGUCCACCGCCACCCGCCCCAAGAUUCCUUUCAGUAGACUACGAGCAAUACGCUGAACCAUGGAAAAGCCGUGACGGCUCCCCGGGAUCAUCAUCACUCUCGUCACCGAAUGAAACUUGUUAUUCAUUUGUUCGAAGAGCUCUACAACGGCUAGCUGGACGACGUUCAUUCCUUCCUUCAUGGACCAUUGGCCCUAGAGUCAACCAAAGACAAUGCUCUCGCCCUGAACCAUUAGCCGCUGAUCUGCCCAUAGAGUUGAGAAGGCUAGACGAAUUUUUACCUCCACGACUGAUAUCGCAACCAUCGGAUGCGUCGACAAUGAAAUCUCGCAGCUUAACCGACAUCGCGGAUACGGAACGACGAGCGCUUGUACGAUCUAGAUCCAGUCUGCCGAGUCUUGGGGGCGACGAAGCCGAACCAGAACCGGAAAAACCAGUACAGGUCGUUGAACCGCGAAAGAAACCUCGACUGGUGAAACAAAAGAAAUCUAUUAACGAAGACGACGCUGAGGAAGAUUUAGAUAAACCGACGGACAUGAAAAGCUUAGUUGAAGAAAUGCCUAAUUUUAAAAUUCAUACACAGAAAUUACAAUCGAAGAAACCUGGGGUAUUUAAGCAAACAUCUCUUAACGAGGAGCUAAUGUCUGUGGAAAGGUUGAGGGAGAAGGAACGUUUGAGAAAGAAUAUACAAAAACAAGCGUCUCUAAACGAAGAAUACUUGUACCGCAGACCGGGUGCUCUCGAUUCAAUCCGCGACUCUAUAUUUUCAACAUCCGCAACAACAGCCAAAAAAUUCCAAUCCCUAAAAAACGGCCUUACGAAUAAAUUCAAAACAUCUACAACGAAUAUAGAUAAAGUUACUGUGUUUGUAAGAAUGCUUCAAGGGUGGAAGAAUCAUGGCCCGGUACCGGAAGUUCCUACACCAAGUGACAAUAACGCAAACAUGGAGAAGAAUUAUCCGGAAAGACGUCAUUCAAAAGAGGAUGGAUCAGAUUCCUCUAAAGAUAGUAGUCUUCAAAGUGACACGAGUGUUGAUUCAGAAGAUAGUUUCGCGUCGGUUAUAUAUGUGCCUAAAGCAGACGGUUCCGGGGAUCCAUUAUCUCCCACACCAUUAUCCCCCGGUCCGACAUCCCCGCGUUUAAAAGUUUCAUCAGUACCGACAUCGCCCAGAAUGAAAUCUUCUCCAGGGUUACCGUCUCCCCGGAUCAAACAAGCAUUUCCUCUCAUCCGCCCUCCAGCUUCACCAAACGCAGUACAGGCUUCAGGAGCGGUUCAUAACAAGAUUUUAGUCGCACAAUACAGUUUAAAAAAUUAUACCACAACUAGCAUUAAUACGGUCCCCAUAAAACCGUUAUCAAAGAGCCAACCCAACUCACCUCCGAAACCAGAACCCGAAGAAAAUGUUCUUAAGACAGAAAUUAGACCAAUACCUAAUUCAGUUAUAACGAAACCUCCGCCGAUUCAGAUAUAUGAAGAAAUAGAUCAGAUUCCACCAAUAGAAGAAGAAGGCGAAGAAGAAACGCCCACCGAAGUAACAAAAGAACUGAUAGCAGAAAUCAAUAAGGACAUCGAAGAAAUACAUAAACUCACAGCUGAAACCGACGAUUUCAUGCCACGAGUCUUACAAGACAUAAAACCUUAUCCAAAAAUCACUCUGCAAACUGUCGCAGAAUUACCUGAAAUACCAAAGUUUAAGCCCAAAGGUCCGAGUAAAUCACCAACAAGUGACACAUUAGAUAAAUCAGCGGAUAGAAAGAGAAAGGAGAGAAUACGGCAAAUCAAAGAUAUGUUAAAUAAAGGAAUUCCAAGCAUAAAUAUAAGUCGAAGACCACCGUUUCCUAUAGUCCGUAGUACAAGUAAAGCGGAUCCAAUAGCUAAGAGCCAUCCAAAACUGAUGACCCUAGAACUAUUCAAUCCUGCGACAGACGAUAUGGACAGUGACUCGAGCGGCGUAUCAUCACCAGAUUCUGUUGACAGUGUGAUCAGCGUUGUGCCGGAUGAGCUACGCAAAACUGCUCUCGAGAAAGAUCUACCUAAUCCCGCCGAAGUCAAAACAGAAGACAUAAACACCACAGAUAAAUCACCCUCAUUACCAAAUACAUCUCAAAAUUUAAUAGAAGCCGUCGCUGAAGUCGCACAAACAUUAGACGAAACAUGCGACACAGUUAUACAAUCGAGUCCGAGAUCUAAGAGAAAACAAUUAGAGAAAAUAGAAAGUUCUGAAGCGAUCGCCAUCGUGCAAGGAGCUUCCAGCAGUAGCAGCAGUAGCAAUUGGAGUUUAAACAAGCUGUCACCUGGUGACCUCCGAAUAUUAGAGGACAGGUCAAGGUCACAUUCCAAUACCACCUCCAGCGGCAGUUCCUCCAGCCUAGAACGCCUAUCCCCAGGACGAAGAUCCAAAGAUCGUUCACCAAAACAAGGAAGCAUCAACAAUUCAACAUGGAGCUUAAAUAGACUCUCCCCGAAUAGACCCGAAGGGCGAUCCCUUGAUGAGAAUCUAGGGAAAAACCAUAGAAGCCCGACCCGACUUCCAUACGACUCGCUAUCUAUAUCCAGCACAGAUUCAGAAAAAUCGAUUUCCAAAUCAGACAGUUUUAAUAGAAUACAAAACGAACCGCUCAUAACGUGCAGGUCUGAUAUGUUGGCUAAAGAAGAGGAAUGGAUUAACGAGCCGAACGAUCGUAAUCAACACUUGACAGAAUUCGCUGAGAAACUCAGCGAGAAGUUAUUACAGGAAAUCGAUCAAUAUUCGAAGCGUAUAAACGAAGAAGAUUUCGACCUCCCGAGUAGUAGUAGCAGCGAAAAAAGCAUCUCUCUUAGACUAAAACGAGAAGAAGAAGAUAGAAAUACUCAGAAAAUAUUAGACGAGCUCUCCGACAGCCUACAGCAUCUCGAAGAUCCGUCUAAUAAAUUCAACAAUGAUAACCAACAAAGCAAAAUAAACAACGAAAAAUAUAAAUAUACAACGGGUCAAGAGACACAGGAAUCUGAUAUCAAUAAGCUGUUCCCGAAAUGCAGCACCAAAUCCAAAAGCAAGAAGAGAUGCAAAGAUGUUGAUCCGAUCAUUAACAAGUAUAGAGAGCUGAAGAAAAGCAUUCGAGUGACCAGCGAGGAGGACAUAUAUUUAAAUAACUGUGCCAACAUACAAUACAACGUUAGACCUGUUAUAGACGAGAGAAGUUUAACUGAGAUCGAUACCAAAAACCCAGACGACGACAGCGCUAUAUCCUCAAGCAACGGAAAUCCCGAGAUAACGAUAGAGUCCGGAACAUACGACACGAGCCAAUCAUUAGAGACAGGAUACUCACUGGAAUCUGAAAUAAGCGUGGAUUCAUUGUGCACGAGCACCGAGAAACGUUCCUCGCUGAAGGUGGGCCAGUCGACCGACUCUAGCGACCUGGAUAAAAUGGAGAUCAGUCCUGAAUCCAUCACAUCCCGCUCCAGCGCUAGCACCGCUCCAUUAAAAUCUGGCUUUUCCAUCGAAAGCAGCGACACAUCCGCUGGCAGUGACUGGAGCAGGAGAGAUAAAACCGGCAGCACAGCGUCUUUGGGCUGCGCUAGUUUGGCCUCUCUACCGUCGUGUAGUGAGUGCUCCAAAGAGAGAAAGCUUCUAGAGACCCGCUCGUGCUCAGAGGACGCAGCGCCUGCUGUCCUCCCCCGGCCGAUCCCUCACGCACCACUCCUACCAUCUCUCAGCGACGGCUCCGACAGUCUACCGUCCGAGGGCGGCGCGGUCACCUACCAUCGAUACUACCACGUAUUCAAGAAAGGCGAACUCGAUCAGCUCAUAGAGAAAUACGUGGAGAGCCUGCACGUCGUCUCCUCGUACUACGACCAGGCGAGCUGGUGUGUUAUCGCCGAGAAAGUACAAGUGUGGACUAUAUAAAUAAAAUAUUUAACUCCUGGUAUAACCCUGUUCUCGGUCGUACCGAGACGAAGUAAAUCAUUGUGAUUUAUAAUAUGUAUUAAGAUGCUGUACAGUACAACUCGUUUAGGACAUUAAGUGCAGUGAAUCGAAUAUCCAAGUGACCUUCAGGAACUUUGUGAGGACUAGGGAUAACCUGUCCGACGAUAGUUAACGUGCGAGUGGCCAAAAGCAUAGCUUCGUUUUUUAUUAUAUGCUAGAUCUUUGGUACAUACUUGAUAGUUAUAUACUCGAACAAUCACUCCCUCUUCAGAGUUUAGUCGGAACUUCGACUCGUAUUUCGAAGGGAUCUGGUAUUGCUGAUGCGAUUUAAGACAUCGCAUAUUGAUAACUAAGAGCUUUAAAUAGUAAAAUUAAAUAUAAUAUAAAUAUACUACAGCGGCUCAAUACGACGUAAGCUAUUAUAGCUUAUGAACGGUGUACCUCGCGGAUACCGAAGGUAGUCAUGAAUUUAACAUCUAUGAAUCCAAUUUAUACCAUUCUCCAAGACCAAAGGUAUUAGAUAUUCUUAUAAUAGAUUUCCUUUUAUCAUACGUGAUAAAUUAUUCUAUGACAAUAAAAUAUUUAUAUUAUUUAAGAUAUUAAACAUUACAUAUCGCUGCAGAAUACUUUGUCGUUCGUAUCAAUCGCUUCUAAGGUUUUGGUUUAUGGUAUAAAUUAUGUGACGUUGAUUUAGAAGUGAAGAUUAUUUUCAUACGGUAUGAGCUGGCCUCGCUGUUGUAAUACAUUUAAUAUUUGUAUGAACUUUAUUUAAACCAUCCAUCCAUCCCGCGUUUCUUUUUUUCCACUCGAAAAUUUGGACCAUCUAGUGACGUCAUUAGCGGUCGAACAUUUACAGCCUUAUUAUAAUACUUGAGAGUACAAAUACUCAAUACUUGUUUAAUAUUACGUCUACGUCAUCUUAUAUCAAUUUCUGUACCAAUAGAAAUGCGCUAUUUUAUAUUAUUUUUCUUUUCAAAAUUAACUAACACAAAUAUUUAUGUUUCAGAAGUUAGAUAGAUGAAUUAAUAUAUUAGUUAAGUUUAUAUAGGAUUGUAACCGAUUUAUAUAACAAAAAUAAUAAAACAAAAUAUAGCUUUCGCUGAAUAUGUAUUCAAGUUUUUGUUACUGUGUAAAUAAACGCUAUAUAGUCGUAAGUAUGAAGCUAUUAGAGAUUAAUUACGUUAUCAAAAAAAGUGAGAUUAAAAUUAAAGUUAGUUUAGUACAGAUAUAACGUACUCCAUCGACGCGGACACGAUGAAUCUCUUGUAACAAAAAAAAAAUAUAUUUAUAACGAGGAAUAUUGACGAAGUAGCGGUUUUAGGAUUAUUUGCAUAGUAUAGACUAGACAUAUGAAGACAGCACAACACAACAAUAUUGAUUUUAUUGUAUUUUAUAUCUGCAGCGUUCCGAGGGUUAGUGUUUAAAGGGUUCCGUAUUGUUUAGCAAAAUAUCUUAAACUUACCGAUUUCUUCUCUAGAAACAAUAUUAUUUUGGUCUAUUCUGAUAUUUUAUUGUUAACCAAAUAUUAAUAUAAUUAAUAACUACUUCUGUUUAUACCUGGUUUUAGAAUUGUCUUAUUCUAAAACAAUUUUUUUUCAUUAAAACGUAGUGCAUAUCACUUCAAAAUUAUUUUCUCCUUCUUGUUUUAUUGCUUUUUAUAUUGUGUAUAUCAGAUGUACUCCGGUUACGUGACACGACUUUCUCAGAAACCAUAGAUAAACGCACGUAGUGAGUAAUAGUUCAUAUCUCGUAAUCUCCAAGUGACCAAAACGUGAUGUUUUAUUUUAUUUUAGUUAAUAUAUAUUCCGAGGGGUACGGCAUACCUUGAUUAAUUUCGAUUCAGGCCUUUACGACUAUCGUUUGUGGCGCUUUAAAGCGCUACAGAAGCUAUUUAUUAGAAGCGUAGCUUUGAUUGAUACAUAAAAUUCCAGCUAGCUUUGUACCGACGUUAUAAUUUAUUGUACCCUUCAACCUUCAGCGUAAGUAAUAUCCCGCCUAAAUCAGUUAAAAUCAAAGUUUAUAUUUUAUAUACGUCUUAUAAAUUCGAUUGCUAAAAUAACAUAAAUAUUGGCUUGUCUGUGAUAUCUGAUAAAUCUAGCGGAAGCGCUUCAACCAAAUUCCUUUUAUUUUUUUAUAAUAUAAUUUAACGUUUUUAUAUUUUUACGUGCUUUGUAUAUAUAUUAUAAUGUAUGGGAGUAUAUUUCUUUGAGCGCUUUUCAUCGCACAGAUAAUGAAUUUUUGCAUCGACCGGAUGGAAGCGGUUCUAACCGGUUAUGAUCACUGUUCGCUCUUUAACCAUGUAUUGAUACCAGUUAUACUUAUAAGCUUGUAACUUAUUGUACCUACAUUAUAUUAGGUGAAAACCUUCACAAUAAAAUGAAGACUUAAAUAUA